AAGGAGGCAGUAAAAUCAGAGGCAGCGGGGGACGCUGGGCUGGAGGAUGUUUGGCGCUGAGGUGUUUUGGCGGUUUUAAGAUGGUAAAGAAGCUAUUGCUCUUAGAUGUUGACUGUGGAGUGGAUGAUGCCCAAGCAAUGAUGAUGGCUUUUGCAGCUCCUAAUGUGCACAUCCUGGGUAUAACAUGUACUCAUGGAAACACGAACAUUGAAAAUGUAUGCAAAAAUGUACUUAGAGUGCUAAAAGUUUGCCGGAAGACAGAGAUUCCUGUGUACCGUGGUGCAGGUUCCUCUCUUCUCGGAAACCAACUCAAUGCUCAUCAUUACCACGGAGAAGAUGGCCUGGGUAAUGUUCCAGACUCUGAUGCUCCAGGGUUGGAACAUGUAAAAGCUGAAUACGCAGCGAAUGCCUUGAUAAGGAUAACCAAUGAAUAUGCUGGUCAGGUCUCUCUAGUAGCGACUGGACCCAUGACUAAUGUUGCUCUGGCAUUUAAAAUGGAUCCCACCUUUCCAUCAAAGUUAAAAUAUCUCUAUAUCAUGGGAGGAAAUAUGGAAGGCAGGGGAAACGUGACAAUCUGUUCUGAGUUUAACUUUGCAGCAGACCCUGAAGCAGCUUAUAUUGUCUUGAAUCAUUUUGAAUGCCCAAUGUAUAUUGCAACUUGGGAAUAUUGUCAACGUUAUGCAUUACCUUGGGAAUUUUUUAAAGAAUGGGUAAAUCAAGGCACUGGGAAAGCUUGCUUCAUGAAGAAAAUAACUGCACAUACUGUAAAGUUUGUCAAAAACAUGAAAAUCAAUACAGACGAAUAUUUAGAAGCUGGCUUUCUAUCCUGUGAUUCUUUUGCAAUGGCAGCUGCCAUUGAUGAGAGUGUUGUCACAGAAUAUAUACAUUAUGGAGUGAGUGUGGAGUUACAAGGAUCGAUGACCAGAGGGAUGAUGAUUGUGGAUACACUGAAGCAGCUGGGAAAACGAAAUCAAGCUUUUAUUAUGAUCAAAUGUGAUGUUGAGAAGUUCAAGCAACUCAUGAUGUCUGCUCUUAAGUAA